ACAAUUCGUUUCGUUGGGCUUCAGAAAUAUUCAAGCAAACCCCAGUCUUCAAAACCCUAAUCAAGAAUCCCUAAUUCCCCAAAUUCACUUAAAACCUCUUCAGAACCCUAAUUCGUGAUUUCGAAGACCCCGGUAGUUAAAAUCCUUAGGUGAAAAGAAUCAAGCACAUACAGACUUUACAUACUGAUCAAUUGGUGGAAAUUGUGUUUCUUUUUUUGUUAAUUAUUAAUUGGGUGAAAUGUCGUCGAGGAGGAGGAGGUCGGGGGACGAAAGAUUGUACUAUACUCCACCAGCGAUGCGAAGAAACAACCAGUUGCAGCAGCAGCAACAGCAGCAGUUGAAGUCAAAGUCUUCAUCUUCAUCAUUAGCUGAAAGAAGAGGAUCUGAGUCGGAUUCAAAUUUGGAUCGGUUCUUGGAGCAUACCACUCCUGCUGUGCCGGCUCAGCAUUUUCCUAGGACAAGCGUGCAGGCAUGGAGGAACCGUAACCGUGAGUUCCAUCCGUACUUCAUUCUUGGUGAUCUUUGGGAAUCUUUCAGAGAGUGGAGUGUUUAUGGAGCUGGAGUUCCUUUGGUUUUGAAUGGGACUGAUUCUGUUGUCCAAUAUUAUGUGCCAUUCUUGUCCGGUAUUCAACUUUAUGUAGAUCCCUCAAGAAAUGUCAUGGAGCAGAGCAGGAGACCUGGUGAAGAGAGUGAUACUUAUACAUCCAGUAGUGAUGGCGACAAUGAAUGUGGAGCUGAUAGAGGGGCUGAUAAUAAUCGGGGAUAUUGGCACCAGCAGAGCGCAAUGGGCCAAGGAUAUUACAGGCUUACAGGAAAAAACCAUGGUUUCAUGGGAUCUUCAGUUGAUGGGGGUGACAUUAGCAACCCCCCCGGGCUACUUAUCUUUGAGUAUUUUGAGAGGGAGCUUCCAUUUCACCGUGAACCAUUAGCUGAUAAGAUAUCAAUUCUCGCCUCUCGUUUUCCUGUACUAAAAACAUACAGAAGCUGUGACUUGACUCCAGCAAGCUGGAUUUCUAUUGCUUGGUACCCCAUUUACAGAAUACCUGUGGGUCCAACCCUGCAAAAUGUUGAUGCCUGUUUCUUGACUUUCCAUUCUCUUGCAAAACCUGUUACAAGUGGUGAAGGGGGGCUUGAUGCUGGUAGCAAACUCUCAUUACCUACCUUUGGACUCGUUUCGUACAAGUUUAAAGUCUCUGACUGGGACGGAAAUGGAGUUCAAGAAGGACAGAAAAUCAAUUCCCUCUUGCGAGCCGCUGACAACUGGCUUCGGCUUUUGCAAGUAAAUCACCCUGAUUACAGUUUUUUCACAUCGCGCAGCUCAUACUGGAGAUAGAAAGCUGAGACACAAGCUCAGCUUGUUUGUUCUCCAACAAAUUCCAGACUGCAUCGGCCCUUUGGAGAUAUACAGACUUAGAGCUAUUUUCUCUGCCUUGCUUGGCUAAAGUUUUUGCUCGUAUAGCUAAGUGAUUCGCGUAGCGAAGAAGUUAUGGCAACUUUAUGAGUAGCUUUUCUGCAUCCUAAUACAGCGAAUUAUGUGGGUGAUGGGUUUGUGAAACUUUGAUAAAUGACUCAAAUGUUAGGCUGGCUUUUCUUACAUGCCCCUCGGUGAAACAAGUUCUUGCAACUUUAACAGUCGAUUUGAUGAUGACGAAUAGUAUAUGUAUACAACUCUUUAGAUUUGCAUACAAUUAUACAGAUCAUAUAGAUUAGUGAGCUUGUGUAAGUUAUUUGUGAAUUACAAGUUUUGCCUUACAGCACCAUAUAUGCAUGAUUUUCUAUACUUUUUCAUCCUAAAA